UUGAGUUUCCGGACUCCGCGGGAAAUGGCGGCGCUGGAUGGCGGACACAACAUUAGAAGAGGCGACGGUAGUGGUGGUGGUGGAAGGGGCGGGAUCCGUUACUUUGCGGAGAAUUUCGACGACCCUCCCUAUAGCCGCCUGUUCCUGCAGAUGCUGACGCCGAUAAUGAAGCCUGAGCUCUGGGAGCGCUUCGCCGCGUUUGGCGAAAUCCAGGAUAUUUGGGCGAUACGAAGCCAGGCCAGCCCCGAUCUCGUCUCUUUCGCGUUUAUCAAGUUCGCGCGUAGCUCGGAGGCUUGCCGGGCCGCGGAGACGGUGCAGGACCAGACGAGCCCCGCUCCCAUCAAGGUGUCUCUCGCGCAGAGCAGAACUUCUAAACAAAUUGAAUUUCAACAGCUUACUCGAAUAUGUGUCAAUGUUCCAGAGUCCUUUACAGAAGAAAAGCUGAGGGAUAUAUUUAAGGUCUAUGGCGAUAUAGUGUCAUGCGUCAUCCAAAGGAAGGCGGUCCUUAAUGGAGAUAAAGAUUUGGCGUACAUAAAGUUUUCGAAGGCAUCCCAAGCUGCCUUUACAUUAGAGGAGUGUGGAAACUGCUUCAACGCUGUUUGGGCUGAUGUUCCAAAUACCCUCACUAAACCCUCUGGGCACACAUCUGGUGUGAAUGGUCCCAAACAGAAAACAACGACUCAUGAAGUACAAGAGAGCAGUGUGAUUGCAACGGGGUCCAGGACUACUUUGACUCAACCUAUGAUGCAGCCAUCUGGAGCCAGGGUACACGCAUCCUGUGUGAGUAGUACAAACCAGGAAACACAGAGCCACGGAGUACAAGGGAGCGCAUUGAUCACUUUAGUUUCCAGGACUAAGAAGUCCAAGCGAGCUGAAUUUUGUGUGGACAAACCGUAUGUAAGAAGUGCAAACCAGAAAAUGAACAGCCAUGGAGUACAAGAGAGAAACUUGAUUACUUUAGGUACCACACCAUCACAAUCCUGUGAACAGGAAUACUAUGUGGGUAGUUCAGGUUACAGGAUGCCUUUGACUCAGCCUGUGAUGAAGCCACCUGAAUCCAGUGUACUCAACUCCUUUGUGGAUAGUGGAAAGCAGGAAAUAAACAGCCACAGAGCACAAGGGAGCAGCUUGAUUACUUUUGGUUUCACCACUGAAAACUGGAAACCGGCUGAGCCUGUAUCCAAACCAUCUGAAUCCUGUGAACAGGAAUACUAUGUGGGUGGUUCAAAUUACAGAUCUGCUUUGACUCAGCCUGUGAUGAAGCCACUUGAAUCCAGUGUACACAACUCUUUUGUGGGUAGUGGGAAACAGGAAACACAUAGAGUACAAGGGAGCAACUUGAUUACUUUAGGUUGCAACACAAGUUGGGCUGAGCCUGCGUCCGAGCCACCUGAAUCCCAUGGACAGGAAUAUUAUAUGGGUAAUGCAGGUUACAGGCCCACUUUGACUGAGCCUGUGUCCAAGCAACAUGAAUCCAGACUACACAAGUCCUAUGUGGAUAGUCCAGAACAGGAAACACACAGCCAUGGAGUACAAGGGAGCAACUUGUCCAAUUUAACUUCAGAUAAGUUCCAAGAACCUUCUGAACACGGAGUCUAUACAUGUGGUACAUACAAAGAAACAAAUAGCCAUGAAGAACAGAGGAGCGACUUUCUGGAAUCAGGAUCACCGGGCUUUGCAAGCUUGGAAAAGAGAGAUACCAGAAGCCAAGAAUCUGUCUCGAGACGCUUAUCAGUGGUAUCAGAAUUUCCAUUUCUUCAAGAGCAACUAUUCAACCUCUUUGAUCUCGUCCCAGGAUUGGAAUCUUGUGAGACGCGUCGGGGUCCUUACAAUAACCGUGCAUAUGCAGUGAUUCAGUACAGCAGUGCUGCAUCGGCUAUAUAUGCCAAAGACAGACUUCACGGUUUUGAAUAUCCUUUUGGGAACCGGCUGCUUAUCAGUUUCAUUGAAGACGGAACUGAUGGAACUGACCACAUUAGAAAAAUGGCAGCACAGCUAGUGACGUCACAACUGUCAUCAACGAUAUGGAAUAAUAAUUGGGCUGAUCAAUGGCUGGGAUCCUCUUCCAGUAAUCCUCCACCUCGGCUCCAAACAGAUGCUGAGCUUCCUUCCAGCAAAAGGAAAGCUCCACCUGAUUCUUCCGUGCGGGAGAGGCUCUUGAUAAUGUUCAAUCCCCAUCUCUUAUCUGAAGACAUAUUGGAUGAUGUAUUAAGUCGGUUUGGAAAUUUUAUAAACACUUACCUCAUACCCGGGGAAAACCUGGGUUAUGCCACAUUUGCAGACAGAGCAAGUGCUAGCGAUGCUAUAGCCGUGUUACACGGCAAGACUGUGAACGGCGUUAAAUUGAAGGUGAUGCUGGCGGACUUGCCCACAGAAAACUCAGAUAAGCGUCAAAGAAUAUUUUGAACGAGUAAGUACCUAGUCUCUGGCAUUAUGCUAUUUACUUAUCGUCUUAGAUAGCAGAACGGUUUCAGAGCUGGCCUUUCUACUUGUUAACUCUCCAUACAAGGUUAAAGAUUUAACUUGGCCCCUCUUAUCACAGAAUAACUAGGGGUUUUGUUAGAUAUUCUGUGUAAAGUCACUACAGAUUGUUCACAGAAGGCGUCACUGCAGCAGUUUGCAAGCCAUUUUUUUCUGUAUUUUCUGAUAGCUAACAGAUAAAGAAAUAGCCAUGUGUUAUCUUUUUCUUUGAUUUUUUUGUAGAGUGCACACUGCACUUUACAAAGAAUGGGAGCAGAGGUUCCUGUUCCAGCCGGCUUACAAUUUAAAAACAGGCCAAUGAAGUAAAGAAAAGAGAGGGGAAUGGAAGUAAGAGUCACUGGAUGGAUAAGAUGUGAUUAUUUCAGCUACACAUACUUAAGCUUACAGGUCUAGGGGGAUGUUCAAGGCUCUAUGGAAAAUAAUGAAUUUUGAGGAGGGAUUUGGAAGGACCUUGUCUCAUGAAGAAUUAGAAAGAAGUUUCUUGGAAAAUAAAUGACUGCGAUACGUCUGAAGUUGUACUAUUGAGUAUUUAAAAAGCAUAAUGUAUGACAAAAUAAAGGAUGGAAUUGUCAUUAGUGUGUGUUAUUCUUUCACCGAAGAGCAAAUAUUGCUGAGAUC